AGAGACACUUGCAACCCUUUGUGUUCAUAGUUCAUACAAACCAACAUUCUCAAACUGCUCAACAAUGAGAUCGGAGACACUUGCAAUCGUAGCUGCCCUGUCCUUCUUUCUUGUCGGAUACGAUAACUCCAUGGCGAAGCUCGGGUGGCAGAGCAAUCCCGAUGCUGCACCCUACCUACAGGUCAAGUUACUGGUGGUGAUUGCCAAUGUCGCCAGCGUUUUCAGUGCGCUUGUGGCUGGCGCGACGGCAGACUACUUUGGGAGGAAACGCCAUUUUACGGCAAGAGGAGCACUCUUCUUCGCCGGGAACGUUUUGAAAAGCUUCGGGACGGUGUCGUUUGGCGUUCUGGCCGUUGGUCACAUCUUCACGGGCUUAGGUACAGGGAUCAGCCUGACGGUGGGCCCUGUCUACAUAGCGGAGCUUGUUCCUGCUCGUGCUCGAGGCUUCUUCACUUCGGGCGCCGAGGUAUGGUUGAACACGGGAGUCCUAGCAGCCUACAUACUCAAUGCUAUGGUGUCAUCAUUUUCACAAAAAGUUGCUCAUAUGGCCUUUUACGGAAUAGCUGUCGUCCUAUCCAUCCUUUUCACUGCCUGUACUCUAGCCAUCCCGGAAUCGCCGUACUGGCUACUGAUGAAAAGUGGGCAAACUGAUGAAGCGACCAGAAUUUUGGAAAACAGUGAGCGAGGUCCGGAUGAAGUUAACUUCAUAAUCUCGCAGAUGGAAAUACUAGAUGAUAAUGAAAAUCAACAACAACAACAACAACAUGGAGUUCUCGCUGUUGCUUGGUGUAGCUCCAAGGACUUGUUCCUCCAGCCACCAAUCCGCAACGUUGUAAUCUCGGUGGUCGGGCUACAUGUCUUCCGUCAGCUGGCCGGCGUAAACUAUGGUUUCAAGGCCAACACAGUGACAUUUUUUCACCAAUUCUCGAAUGAGUUUGAGGUGUUGGCGGAAUGGGGAAUCCAGGUAGUCAGGUUGAUUUUCUCCCUUGUCUCGAGCUGCCUGGUGGACCGUCUAGGGCGAAGGUUCAUGCUGGUCAUCGGGAUCGGUUGCCAGUGCAGCUUUCUGGUGAUGCUAGGGUUGCCACUUUUGGGCGUCCAGCACAACUGGCUGAAGCCAUCUAGUGGAAGUGGCUACGAUCAGGGAGUAGUUGUGAGCUUCUUCAUGUUGGGAUUAGCUGGGGUUCUCGGGUCGUUUGAGGUAGGGUUGGGCUCGAUUACAUGGAUUUAUGCCUCUGAGGUGUUCGAGUACAAGAAUCGAGCACACGGUGCUAGUUUCGGGAUCGCGAUGAAUAGGGUGGCCGACACCACUGAGUUUUUGUUGUUUCCGUACUUGGCGGCGUGGUUGCAUUUUGGUGGUGCAGCUCUUGUUUCUUUUUGCUUGAUGGCCUGUGCACUAGUGUUUUGUGCCAAGUUCACUGUUGAGAAGUUAAAAAUAAUCGUUGAGUGAACUACGUGUGGUGUAACAAGUGAUGAAUGAAGAUUUUAUUAGUGUUGUGCCCAAAAGUCAUUCAUAUUUUGGAUAUGCAGUUAGGACGCUUGUGUAGUGUUGCACUUUUGUAUCGUGUAUAUAUUAUACAUAUUUGAGACUUUGUUAAAUUAUUGUAUUUUAUAUCAAACUUUCCUUUUAAUAAACAUGAUAAUGAUUA